AUGUCUUAUGUGUUUCGAAUACUUGCUCGUCUGCACCAUUCCGGUGCAGUAUCUGAUAGGGUAUAUAGAUAUGUCCCUCCGGAUAGCCAUCAGGUCGCCUUUCGACCGCCGACGAUGCAUUUACUUUCAACACAUAUCAUGAGCGUUCUGUCGGAUGCAGCCUGGCUUGUACACGAAGCUGAAGUGGCGGCCAAAGCAGCUGCGGCGGGUGAAGACUCGCCUUUCCUUCCCUUCAAAAUGGGCAUUCGAGAACUUGGGCCUGAGAUCUGGAUAGAGUUAAUUCUUUGGUGCUGUGUGGAACAUGGACAUAUCGCAGAGGGCGUAUGGCUUAUUGACCAGAUGAAGACACGGAAAGGGGAUCUGGCUUGGAAAUUCCAAAGCUGGAGACCCCUACUUCAACAUCCAGAGUCUAUAUGGAACACUAAGGUUGACUCAGCAGUAUCCUGGCGCCAUCCGGCCCAAGUCAACGGUCCUUCGCUUCUCCGAAAGCGCAGUAGCCCUUCCCCCUUCAAUGGACUAGGGAAGCGAACAAUCAGUUUGGAGGUAGCCGCUUCGUUGUUGGAUAAUCUUCCAAACUGGGGCUAUCGAGGAUUAGGCUUUCGGGGUAUAACGCCGGCUGCGCUUCUUCGCCAUGUCUCUUCGCUCAAGUUCACACUGGCGCCGAGGGCGACCGAUGAUACCCCUUUAGCUACGGCUAAGGAAUCCAACUGGUUCAUUCUUCGUGUUCUUGAAUCCGGAUGUCUCAAUCCUGAGGCUGAUCCCCACGCAUUUGAUGAGCUCGUCAGAGCCAUUCCUCAGGUUGUUCCGCCCUGGGACAGUAAUGACCUGUACUUGCCGGAUGAGGACGAUUUGGAGCAACUUGAGCCAUCCCAGAUUUAUGACGAGACAACAGCCUUAGCUGAACUCGUCGAACACAACAUCCGAUUCCACUCCCGGCGACACCUGUGCGAAGAUGCUAUGGGUUCGUUCGCCUGGCUGCAGAGCGCAGUUGACAAAAGCAAGAUGCAACGCAUAGGUGAAUUCUUCUCCUCACGCGUGGACCCGUCCGAUGACGAGCACCUUCCGACUUUCGAUACCACCAAUCUGGCCUCCUUGAAGCCAUUUGAAUCGUCAAUGCCACAAAUUUCGCCUAUUACGCUGGCUGAACUUCUAGACUUGGUGACGGUGUCUCGCGCAUUCACAUUCGGCGACUGGUUACUCUUCUCGGACGACAUUGACGGGCCCCCGAUUCCUCGCAGCGCAUACGGGAAUCAAGUCUUAGCACCAUCAAUUAUUCGUUACGCUACCGCUACCAAGAAUAGCACGCUCUGCGAUUCAGUUGUUCAGUCCCUUUUACCGCCUCUCUCUGCGAAUACCCUCCGAGCCCUCUUGAACUACCGAAUUGCAAUGUGCCAAUGGAAUCUGGUAACUGUGAUGUUAGAAUAUCUCCGCGACUACCGCCUUAAAUCCUGGGGCCACAGCAAUGUCACCGCAUUAGCUGCCGAAAUCAUCAGAUUAGACCAUACCGUCAUCACGGAACUCGACGCGACAAAAGCGGAAGACAAUAUCCAGAACUUAGCACAAGCAAAGGGCAUCCUGCUGCGAAUUCUCAACGGUGACUUCAACGAACUUCACCCAAGAGACAACUACCAGGAGCGCUCCCUCCAUGGCCUGCAACGCCUCUUCCUUUCCAUCCCCGGCGCCCUCCACGAUGUCGCCGCCUCCUCCAAUCUCCGCUCCCAAAAGCUCGCCCGAAGCACAACCCCCCAGAUUCCCUCAAAAGCCUUCCACCCCAUCCUCGCCGCCGUAGUCGACACCCAAGGCAGCGCAGCCGGUAAACGGCUCUGGGACACCUGGUGCGUCGACGUGCAACACCCAUCCGCCCGCCGUCUCCAGAAAGGCGGCAUCCCCCGUCUCUACCUGAACACCGAACGGGACUUCAAAAAGGGCAACCCUCACUUCGACGAGGCAUACUUCAAACAACUCCAGACCAAACUAGUUAUUCCCAAUAUAUCCACCGUCCGUAUCAUCGCCCAAGCCGCGGUGAAGGAGUACGAUGAAUACGAAGCUCAACACUCACACACCAUUCCCGAUAAAUCACCUCCAUCUCCUCAAGCAUAUGCAUAUCCCAGAACUACCCAUCCUCAGCAUAACCCCGCCCGACCCAGCCUCGACUUCUGUGUGAAGAAAUUCGAGGCCCUCGGUCUCCGGCGCGCUAGUAUAAACAUCGAAUGCGGUGGCUUCGUAUACAGAAGGCAUAAAGAGUUGAAGAGAAUGAAAAGACAGCGACUGCGGGGCGGAGAUACCAUCGCGCAAUAA